CGGGGUGACGGUGCGGGCGGCCGGCAGUGCUGGGGCGAGAGUCGGCGGCCCGGGGUCGGAGCGCUGCGCGGACCUCAGCGCGGUUUCCGGCGGGCGGGCAGGCGCCGCCGAGCCCCGCGGGGAAGAUGUUCAGCGUGGAGUCGGUGGAGCGGGUGGAGCUGUGCGAGAGCCUCCUCACUUGGAUCCAGACCUUUAAUGUGGAAGCACCAUGCCAGACUGUGGAAGAUUUAACGAAUGGGGUUGUGAUGGCCCAGGUUCUUCAAAAGAUAGAUCCUGCAUAUUUUGAUGAAAAUUGGCUUAACAGAAUCAAAACUGAAGUAGGCGAUAAUUGGAGGCUAAAGAUAAGCAAUUUAAAGAAAAUUUUAAAAGGGAUCCUGGAUUAUAAUCAUGAGAUUUUAGGUCAACAGAUUAAUGAUUUUACUCUUCCUGAUGUGAACCUUAUUGGAGAGCAUUCUGAUGCUGCAGAACUAGGAAGGAUGCUUCAGCUCAUCUUAGGCUGUGCUGUGAACUGUGAACAAAAGCAAGAGUAUAUCCAAGCCAUUAUGAUGAUGGAGGAAUCUGUUCAACAUGUUGUGAUGACAGCCAUUCAAGAGCUGAUGAGUAAAGAAUCUCCCGUCUCUGCUGGAAACGAUGCCUAUGUUGACCUUGAUCGCCAGUUGAAGAAAACGACAGAGGAGCUCAAUGAAGCUUUGUCAGCAAAGGAGGAAAUUGCUCAGAGAUGCCAUGAGUUGGAUAUGCAGGUUGCAGCGUUGCAAGAGGAGAAAAGUAGUCUGCUGGCAGAGAAUCAGAUAUUAAUGGAAAGACUCAAUCAAUCUGAUUCUAUAGAAGAUCCUAAUAGUCCAGCAGGCAGAAGGCACCUGCAGCUCCAGACUCAAUUAGAGCAACUUCAGGAAGAAACAUUCAGGUUGGAAGCAGCCAAAGAUGACUAUCGAAUACGCUGUGAAGAGUUAGAAAAGGAAAUAUCUGAGCUUCGUCAGCAGAAUGAUGAACUGACAACUUUGGCAGAUGAGGCUCAGUCACUAAAAGAUGAAAUAGAUGUUCUUAGACAUUCUUCUGAUAAAGUGUCUAAACUAGAAGGUCAAGUGGAAUCAUAUAAAAAGAAGUUAGAAGAUCUUGGUGAUUUGAGACGGCAAGUCAAACUCUUAGAAGAGAAGAAUACUAUGUACAUGCAGAACACUGUCAGUCUAGAGGAAGAGUUAAGAAAAGCCAAUGCAGCUCGAAGUCAACUUGAGACAUACAAGAGACAGGUAGUAGAACUGCAAAAUAGAUUAUCUGAAGAAUCAAAGAAAGCAGAUAAAUUAGAUUUUGAAUAUAAACGUCUAAAAGAAAAAGUUGACAGUCUUCAAAAAGAAAAGGAUAGACUCAGAACAGAGAGGGAUUCUCUGAAGGAGACCAUUGAAGAACUCCGCUGCGUGCAGGCUCAGGAAGGCCAGCUUACUACUCAAGGGCUCAUGCCUCUGGGCAGCCAGGAAUCUUCAGAUAGUCUGGCGGCAGAGAUUGUCACACCUGAAAUCAGGGAGAAACUUAUUCGUCUUCAGCAUGAGAAUAGGAUGCUAAAAAUUAACCAAGAGGGGUCAGACAAUGAAAAGAUUGCCUUAUUGCAGAGCCUCCUAGAUGAUGCAAAUCUACGCAAAAAUGAACUGGAGACAGAGAACAGGCUGGUGAAUCAAAGACUUCUGGAAGUACAAUCACAAGUCGAAGAAUUGCAAAAAUCUUUACAGGAUCAAGGUUCAAAAGCAGAAGAUGUAAGUUCAGUUCUUCUAAAGAAGAAGCUUGAAGAACAUCUGGAGAAGCUCCAUGAAGCCAAUAAUGAAUUACAGAAGAAGAGAGCCAUUAUUGAGGAUCUUGAACCAAGAUUUAAUAAUAGCUCAUUAAAAAUCGAAGAACUGCAAGAAGCUUUACGGAAAAAAGAAGAGGAAAUGAAGCAAAUGGAGGAACGAUAUAAAAAGUACUUAGAGAAAGCCAAAAGUGUUAUCCGUACUCUAGAUCCUAAACAGAAUCAAGGAGCAGCACCAGAAAUACAAGCUCUUAAAAAUCAACUCCAGGAAAGAGAUCGCCUUUUCCAUUCAUUAGAGAAGGAAUAUGAGAAAACAAAGAAUCAAAGAGAGAUGGAGGAGAAGUACAUUGUCAGUGCCUGGUAUAAUAUGGGGAUGACUCUGCAUAAAAAAGCAGCUGAAGAUAGACUUGCUAGUACAGGUUCAGGGCAGUCAUUUCUGGCUAGGCAAAGACAGGCAACCAGCACCAGAAGAUCUUACCCAGGCCAUGUUCAACCAGCCACAGCAAGGUAGACAAGUGUUACUGUUAGAGUUAAAACACCCUACAUUCAAAGCAUACUUCUGUUACAUACACCAACAUUUCGGAAAAUUCAGCCAGCUUAUAUUUUGUUUCUAUUUUAUGUUAAAAUUUAGUUAUUUCUCCUUGAGGACUUUCUCCUGUAUCCAUGUUUUCAUUUCUUGGUCUUUUAUUUUGUAGACCUUUCAGUUCCUUUAAUGUGCCAAAAUUUUUUAAAUGCCCAAUUAAAAGUGUUGUAUAAUAGUACUUUUCUUUAUAUGAAAUGUUUUCCCCAAUGGUGUAGGCUUUGUAAUGAAUUAGAUUUUCUGCCAACAAUUGAUACACAAUUUAUAUUCUUUAUUGUGCUCUGUGUUACCAUGCUUUAUAAGAAUGUCUUUGUUGAAAGGGAAUUAAUCUUUUUAUGAUGUAUUCAUUAUGAUGUGUUUUUGAUUGUUUUUCCAAAUGCACUUCAAAUAACUUGCAUAUUUACUAUCUAAAUGGUUGGCAAGUGCACUUUUAGCAAAGAUGUAUACAUUGGCGGAGGUGCUAAUCAAAUCUUGUGCAAAGCACCUGAUAGUAGAAAAUGAGUUUUCACAUUUUUUUAUAGGAAAUCAAGUCUAUCUGAAGAUUUGGAAACUUUUUAAAACAUAAAUACAGAGUUUCAUUAUUUCCUCCUAUCUUGUUGGCUAGCAGAAUUUAGUGUAUUGGUUAUGUUAUUCGGAAGAAAAUUACGUUUCAAAAAAUUAGACUAUACUAAUCUUUAUUCUUUUGAAAUCUCACUGUAACCAGGGACCUGGUUUUGGUAAUGUAACUGAAAGAGUAUUGAAUUACCCUCCCAUCUGAAAGAUCUGCCCUUCAUAUACUCACAAGUAAUUUUGAGGCAGUUUCUUCUAGACAUGCACCUUGUUACAUUGCUAUGUUUCUUAAUAGUUCUUCAUAGUUAUAAUUUUAGUAUCAGUCAGCUAGGUCAUAUAUUAUGUUAUAUCUUUCACAUAUUUUUCCUGAUUCUAUAUACUAGUUCAAGAAUCUGUUACUGAACAGAUUGUCUUGGGUAUUUGGUUACCGCAGAGUGCUUAGAUUUGUUGUCAGAUUGUAAACCAUGAGGAAUGCCUGUCAAUAAUGAUUGUAAAGCAUUUUGACAACAUGACUACAAAGGUGCUAUAUUAAUGCAAAAUAUCACUUAUUUGAAAAAUGAAAAGGCGCUGCCGAAGUCUCAUUGAUUCAAAUGAUAUUUAGUUUCCUGCAGCUUUUUUCUUGUCCAUCAUUUAACAGCAAAUAAACCACUGAAAUUAGGUCAAUUUUUUCAUUUGUUUUAGAAAGGUCAUUUAAUAAGAGUAAAUUUUAUUUCAUGUACUUGCUAUUCAGAAGUUCAUGUUUCAUUGUGCUAUGUAUAUUAAGUAUAGUUGAGUAGGGAGGCGGAAAAAUAGUUCAGCGGUAAGGCCUACAUAUGCCCAACCCAGGUUCAAUUCUUGGCACCCUCAUAUGGUACCCUAAGCACUGCCAGAAGUGAUCUUUGAACACAGAGCCAGGAAUAAUCUCAGAACACUGCUGGGUGUGGCCCCAAAACCAAAAUAAGUAAAUACAAAACACUAACUUUAGGUCAAGCAAAAUGUAAUCGUGAAUUUUCAGAAACUGUAUUGAAGUGUUAGGUUUUUAAGUUAUUUUCUUUUUUUAUAAGAAAUUUGACCUAAAAAUUAGUAUUUUUGUUUCAAAAAUUGCACUUGAAAGGUAUUAGAAUAUGCACAGAAAUAAUUCCAUACAUUGUGCUGAUACUUUGCAUUAACUACAAAUACCUGAAUGUAGUAUGAAUUGAUAUCCAUACUCCAGUAAUAAUGAAGAAAACUAUGAGAGUAAAAUGCAUUGUGGGGUUUCAGAACUAGGUAGACCUAGUCAACAUAAAAAUAUUUGACAUAAAAGAUUAAAAACUAGGAUGGCUCUUACCCCUCCUCCUAUUCCACAAAUAUCUUAAAAUAUUAGGGUUCAACUAAUUGAAAUUCAUCGUUGUAAAGCAGAUAUAUUCUCUAAUUGGGUUAGAAAGAUGCUACGUUUUUAGGACAUUUUCUUAAGUAUCUGUUGCAUGCUCUACUUGUAGUAUUUACAUUCAUAAUAUUCAUUCUCUUUCACUAUGCCAUUAAGGUGUAGUAAAUUAUUUUUAUUACAUAAAAGAAAUUCUGUUUUUAAACAUUCUGUCAUUUAAAAGUAAAAAUUUGAAUUAAAAGUAGAUGUAACUACAAAAAAAGACCUGCUCCCUUGCACAACUUUGGACAAGACUUAUAAAAUCUCUUUCUCCAGUAAUCAGUGAUUUCUUAGGAAGGUUGUCUGGGAGUGGAAAGGCAUCAGGUGUUUUCGUCUGAAUGUGAGCUCAAUGCUGUGCUGUUUUCUCAAGCCCCUGUACCCAGUACCAUUAUCAAACCCAUGAUUCUCUUGGACAGCGACCCUGGUUCUUGCUAGCAGUACAGUGAAUAGAGUGUCACUGCUUUAGUUUGGUGUGACCCACCACCCCAGCAUCCAGAGCCUCAUAAGCAGAAAGUUUAUUUCCUGUUUUGCUUCUAACCAGGGUAUGAAAUUACCAAGUAAAUAAUUAAAGAAUAUUGAAGCAUCUUGUAUCUGAGUUCAUAUUUCAGAUGAGUCCAUCCCAUAUAUGUAGUCCAUAUCUAAGACAUUUGUAACAGGGGGAAGUCCAAGCAAAUAGCAUUUUACCACUUCUAAAAAUAAGAAUAAAUAAUAUAGUUGGAUUUAUCUUAAAAGCCCUUUCAAAAACUUCAUCAUUUUAAUCAAUUAUCUAAUUACUUGAUCAUAUCUAAUAUAAAGAACUACCUAAAUAAAAGGCCGGUGUUCCGAAAUCAAUCUAGGUUGAAAUGUUUCUCUUAGAUAUUCCAAGCCAGGUAAAGUUGGCUUGAUGAAAUUUUAAGAUAAAGGGUAAUGACCUCUGUAAUGUUGAGAUGUUCUUAUUUCUUUAGUUUACAUAACAAAAACUCAAUUGUAUAAAAUUAAGCCAAAUGUUACCAGGUCAGAAACAUCAAUACGUUUAUUUCUUUUGUUAGGUCAACAAUAAGAGAUAAGUUAAAGAUGAGUUAGGAAGAAUUAAUAAAACGUAUCUUUUUAGUGACCUGA